CCAGCUCAAACACACACACCCCAUUGGCAAAGUCCCAUUGUUGCUGCAGCUCCAUUCCGGUCGAACGGUGGGAUCUAUUGCUCCAGUGAGAAAGGUUCGCUGCUCCCUAGUACCGCUCCGAAAACAAUGCAUUUCCCAACCGUGCUGUUGUAGUGUGUGUUUCCCGUGUGUCCGUCUCCGUCGCGAACCGCAAUGUACUGAGCUGCAACAUCAUCAUCAUCAUCAUCACCACCGCUACCCCCAGCAACGUCUCACAUCCCACCGACGAGCAACGGAUUGGCAGCCCAGCCCUAGCCGCGCCACGCCACGGUAUCGCCAACAGAAAGUGGCCACUUGUGACGGGGCCAUCAGCAGCCCUUCCUGUUCCACUACCUGCAGCUCCCUGUUUUUCGUUUCGGUACAGUGCAGGAAGAGUAAUCCUUUUUUUUUUCUACUAAACCUGCUUAAAAAUUCGUGCAAAAAAGUGUUUAAUGCUGCGUGCAUGUGCAUUGGCUGUGUAAAUCGGGCCCGUGUUCAGUGCAGUGUUGUUGUGUGCGUUGCCGGAAAAAGAAAGCAGCAAAAAAUGCUCUCCUAAGUUUGCGCUGAGCACUGCGUGUGUGUGUGUGCCUGUGUAUGUGUGCUGUGUAUGUGUGUGUAUCCCGUUCUGUUUUCCCGUUCGGCGGCGGCCCACCUGUGCGUUUCGGUGUCUAGAAUCCGCGGCCGGAAAUAAUAGGCCGGAGAGAAAUUGUUGCAAGAGAAAACGCACAGUGGCUGUGUGAGUGUGUGUGUAUGUGUAUGUGUGCAUGUGUGCGGUGGUGUGUUCGAUCAAGUGUUUCGCGUGUGUACCGUUACCGUUUUAAUGUGUCUGCUGUAGCAGUAAAAGCGGGAGGCAGUGGUAGCAAUAGUAACAGCAACAGCACCAGCAGCAGCAUCAACUCCCCAACAUACGUGUAGGGCGUUUGCGACGGCAAUUGACGUUGUCGUCGUCGGUAUUGCAUUAUUAAUUACACGCAUACACACACUCAAUUGCCCUACACAAAAAAGAAACAGAAGCCUGCCUGGUGUUGCUAACACAAAGAAGCAGCUCCCCGGCCCGCUCUUCCAGCGGCUAGAACACAUUCUUGCGUAAGGUGCGAUUUCCACCUCGGGGCGCCACCUUCACUGGUACACACACUGGUAGGAGGCACACAUAGACGGAAGGUGGCAUGGAAGUGAGCACCCAUACAACUUCGACACUGAGUCGAAGCAACAGUCGGACCAGCUCCAACUCGGAGCUCGAGAAGGAACUGAUCGAUCUCGACAUCAGCGGCGGCGCGAACAACAAAUCCAACACACUCAAGAAGCGCAUCUCGAGCAGUCGAACGCCGGCGAAGAAAGCGAAAAGAAUACGAUUUUUUCGUAAUGGGGACAAAUUCUAUCCCGGCAGCACGAUACCGGUGUCGGUGGAGCGUUACAGAUCGUUCGACAGUUUGACGGAAGAUUUGACGCGCCUGCUCGAGGACAGCGUGACGCUGACCGGUGCAAUACGCGCCAUCUACACGCUCGAGGGCAAAAAGAUCGAAAAGGUGGACGAUCUGGAGGAUGGCAAAUGUUACGUGUGUUCCUGCAACAAUGAAGGCUUCAAGCGAAUAGACUAUAACGUAUCUAACACAAACACCAAGAAUCCCAACAGACUGUCUAGACUAAUACGCCCCCUAUCGCCAGUAAAGAACGGUGGCUCCAAUGGGUCAACGCCGCUGAAAGAGAUCGAUUCCGUGGUGCAUCCACGGAUCGUGACACUCAUCCGCAAUGGUGUGAAACCGCGAAAGAUCCUGCGAUUACUGCUAAACAAACGGAACAGCCCCACGUACGAGCACGUGCUGACCGCGAUCACGCAAUGCGUCAAGCUAGAUACCGGCUGCGUGCGGAAGGUGUUUACCGUGGCCGGGGUGCCGGUGCAGCGGUUAGCACAGUUCUUCGAGGAGGAUGACGUCUUCUUCGCGUACGGUAACGAGCGGGUCGGCAACAACGAUUUCGAGCUGGAGGCCGAGGAAAGCAAAGCGAUCGCCGCGCACCGGAAAACGCUACGCAGCAGUACGACGCGCACGGGACCAAAGCCCAAGAUGCCGGUCAAGAGCCACAACGAUACGUUCGUUUGCGUGGACGAGUCGGCACUGAACGGUGGCAUUCUGCCGGACUCGUUGCCCCUGGAGCUGCAGGCCAAAUAUACGCUCGGGUCCAUAGUUGGUGAUGGAAAUUUCGCCGUAGUACUGAAAUUGAAGGAUAAGCAGAACCACACAGAAUACGCACUGAAAAUUAUCGACAAAUCAAAAUGCGCCGGCAAGGACCAUUAUCUAGCGGCCGAAAUCCGUGUGAUGAAGAAGCUAAACCAUCCGUACAUCAUACAGCUGGUGCACGAUAUCGAAACGAUGAAGAACAUGUAUCUCGUGCUGGAGCUGGUGCGCGGCGGCGAUCUGUUCGACGCCAUCACGCGUGUGACCCGCUUCUCGGAGAACCAAUCGAAGAUCAUGAUGAAACAUUUAGCCUCCGCGAUGGCGUACAUGCAUUCCCUCAGCAUUGUCCAUCGGGACAUUAAGCCGGAAAAUUUGCUGGUGGAGCUGGAUAGUGAUGGUAAUGUCGUGCUGCUGAAGCUCGGAGACUUUGGGCUCGCCUGCGAGGUAACCGAACCGUUGCUCUCGAUCUGCGGCACACCGACGUACGUUGCGCCCGAGAUUCUGAUGGAAUCCGGCUACGGCGUGAAGAUUGAUGUUUGGGCCGCUGGCAUUAUCCUCUACAUUCUGCUGUGCGGCUUCCCACCAUUCGUUUCGCCCGACAAUCAGCAGGAGCAGCUGUUCGAUGCGAUACUGAACGGGUACUUUGACUUCCCCGCUCCGUACUGGAACAACAUCGGCGACAGUGUGCGCGAUCUGAUCAUCAACAUGCUGCAGUCCGAUCCGGAGCUGCGGUUCUCCAGCGAGGACAUACUGGACCAUCCGUGGCUGACCAGCAACAUCGUGGACGAUACGCGCGAUCCUAAUGGGUACCGAAUUUUCUCCAACCACGUGUAUUAGGCGCACGCUGGUUGCUGGGUAGCUUUGUGUAUAGAAUUUCGUUUAUUUUGUACGCUUGUUUUUUUUCGGUUUGUUUCGGCACCAGUUCAGCGUGGUGAUAGCGAACAUUAUCGCACUGUUUGAUUGCCGUUAUUUAUUUUUUUGCGAGCGGUGUUUUGUUAUAGGUGUAUUUUAUAUAGUGUGUGCUCUAGUGCAAUACACCCGCCGCCGAGAGGAAAACGGGCAGGGGGCGUAUUCUGUGAUGAAAUUGACAUGCGUUUUUUUUAAUGUAUGUUUAUCUGUUUGUUGUUCAAUAUUUUUUUCUGUUUCGUUUUCUCGCGAUAGGCUUGAUUUCAUUUCAAUCUGCGGUAAUUUACACAGUAGAUUUGAAACCAUAAUUAUGAUUAGACUCUUGUUUGGUUCGUUUGUAGAGAAAACAACAGUUGUGCCCUUUGAUGUUUUAGCUUAUUGAAGACGAUUUUCUUCUCUCUUCUCUUUCAUUCCACAAAUGCAUCACAACACAACAAUUCAUCAAUUCGCUUGGAUGAAUAAAUAAUAACCGGGCAAAAAAACCACCAUAUACAACACAACAUCUUAAUCACAACAACGACAACAACACAAUCCACGGCCCCAUCCACUUUCUCCUUCCCAACCCCGCAGUAUCGUUGUUGAAGAACAGUGUGGCGGCGGUCAGCUGGAGUCAUUGGUGGGCAUUCCCAUCACUACCCAGUAGAAGGGAGCGGAGAUGUAUACGCGUAACGCGAUCUAUGUGUUACAACCCCUUACAACCAGCGCGGAGAGUGACCGAUAUUUGACUUACAUUGGCGAGUUUUAUCGGCAGUGUGGUGGUGGUGGUGUAUUAGCGGUAGCAGCUUAUCUUGUGCAUGGAUAUAAAGUCAAUCUCGUGUUGUGUCGUACUCUCCCGGACCUCAUCCAAAAUAUCUCACCGUACUGCUGGUGUGGGUAAAUUUUAAGCAAAAGUCGACGCCAAUCGAAAGCAAGGUUUGUGUCAAUUUUGUCGAAUGCUUUAUAUACCAUGCUUUGACAACAGCACCGCGCAUUAGGGCAGCCGUUUAGUUUUGCCAGUGAGCAGCUUAAUUGUUUGUCGGCAUGCUGAAAUAUUGACACCCAAAACAUUCGUUCGUUUGGUUUUAGUUAAAUCUGCACCAUCACACAGCUUAGCGUAGUUUGCCAGGGGAAGUGAAUCAGUUUUCUCCCAUCAUUGGCACGACGUAUGCGUAAUUUUACCGGUAGGAUAAAACCAAGUCAUCAUAAUCCGGACAAUUGUUAUUUAGCAAGCUUAAUUUGUAUAGAAAAAACACACAUUACGUAGAAUUAUGAGACUAUUAUUACCAAUUACGAUUGUACACAAUCACACACACACGACGGCAUGUUAGCAAUGCAUAUUUAUUUAUCUUUCUUAGCAUAAUCUUAGUUGUGCAAAAGGUGUAAUGAAAUUAUGACGAUAAAAAAAAACCUGGGGGCACGAAACUGCACGAACACAAACAUUGCAAAGCAAAACAAAAUGUUACUCAUCUUCAGUCAUCGUCACAAAUUGUGGUAAUAUGUGUGUUUGAGCGAUGGAGUUUGAUAUUUUAGUUAAUGGCUAGUUUUUGGUAUCAUUUAAAAUAGGCACGUUUGCGGUUUUUUUUUCUUCAUUUCGUUGUUAAAUGCCUGACUGGAAUGACUCGGUUAUUGCUUGUCCCCUUUCCUUGUAAUAAAAAAGAAGGAGAAUCAUUGAAAAUUCGGCAUUAUGUUAUGAUCGGUAGAUAAAUCAAAUCCCUCUUUUCUUCUGUUACAAAAAUGACGCACAAUCAAAUUUAAUUUUCUCACAUUUUAAUGAAUGCUUCACACAUUUUCUUUUCGUAGCAUUUAACGCUCAUCUCUUUGUGUAGUGGUAAAGAUCUCAAAAUGUUUUUUUUUUCUUUUUUGCAUUACCAUUUUCUUGUAAUUCUGUUUACCGCCGCGACCCUGCUGGAUUGUAGCUGCGCAAUUUUACGUUUUUUUUUAUUAUAAUAACAAACCCUGUACGUUAAACAACUAAUAAUCAUUCCACUUCUUUCAACCAUUGCAGCAUUUCCGUAAUGAGUUCUUAACGAUAGUCUGUAAACUUGUAAACCUCAUAGUACUCACUACAAACACAUACACACAGAAACGCCCUUUUUACACAGUAAGAAAAUUGCAUAAAAAGGCCAAGAAAAAAGGAGCCGUUUAGGGUGCAGUUUAGGGAGUAGUGCAUCGGAUAAUGAAACAAUAUUGUUUGAUAAUCAUAUCAUCUAAACGUUCUUAUAAAAAAGCAAGCCACUGUCCCUCAGUAAAGGAAUGUUUCGGUUUUAGUGCUGUAACAAAGCAACAAUUUACAAUCAUUCUGGAACGAUGGUUUUGCACUGAUUCAUUGUAGUGUUAUUUUCAACCUAAAAUAACAACAAGAAAGGCCUAGACAACCUGCAUCAGCAUACACUGGAGUGGAGUGAAAUGUAAAGAAAACGGAUCGUUUUGCAGUGUGUAAAAACAGGAAUCGUACUGCGUUUGAAAGGACACACAUACGGACAUAAGUACGAUGAGUUUGUGUGUGUGUGCUUUGGGAUGAAACAGUUAAACGUAACGUGCCUCAAGAAAAUGAUAUCAUCCAUUACAGGCGACCAACAGCCAGCAAGUGUUGGGACGACGACGGUGGUGGGGCCAUCGCGUCCACCAAAGGCGUCAUCACAUCAGGCGUGCAGAAUAGGGUAUGGUUUUAUACACACAUAAAUAGAAUAUACAGUUUGUAGAUGGCUUAUUGGCUUUUUAGAAUCGUUUACGAAGUGGAACCGACAGACAGUAAACAUCCAAAAAAAAGCGUCGCGAUCAUAGAGACAGAGGCAAUAGUUUUGAACGGUUUCUUCCUCACACAAACUACACAAUAUUGACGAAUUUCAAGCAGUAAGUGUAGGAGAAAUACUAUCACACGUCACACACACACACACUAUUCUAUUCUCGAAUUAAACUCCCGCAGUAACAACAUUUCUGUACAAAAGCCACAAGACGACUGUGUGUUGUAGUGAAGUCAAUUAGUCUGCAAACUAAGAUCCAUAGAAUGAUAGUGUUAAACAAAAACUACACUACAAACUCAGCCAUCCGUCUUCUCUUAACUCUGUCCAGCGGUGGCAUGGGUUGUGGACUAGCAGCUGCUUCUGCUUUUUUUCUGCUUUUCCCCUUUUUCCAGACCAAGCUAUCGUAUCGUUUUCCUUCUUGCGUUAGCUUUACGAAACGAACAAAACAGAGAGGAACCCAAAAGAGGGUGUAGAAUAUAAUACGAAACGCUUAUCAUCAACAACAAACAAGCCAGAAGGACAAUAAGAAGGACACGUGCAGAAGGGAUGCAAAAUGAGCCAACAGGCAGCAAACGAACAAAACCGCGAACACAGGAACCAAUUAGUAUUGAGAAAGGUAAACUUCAACUUCCACAUGCAUACAGGGUUUUGCCAGGAGUUCUCGUAGCUGUGGGACGCUUUAUUGAGUCUUUCUUGCGCGAAAUCAGCUUAAUGUAAUGUGAAUUGGACUCUAUAGCAUCCUUGUUGGACAAAUCCAAUAGGAAUUUCCAAGGAGCCUAUAGAGCUCAAUUUCCAUCAUUUGAAGUUCACUACUUCCGAUAAGAAAGAGUCAAGGAAGUGUUCCGCACCUCUGAGAACCCCUGGAAAACCCUGGUAACCCCUCCAAUCCACACACAUUAGCCUCGCAAAUUCCGGUUGCAAAAUACGCUACAGAUAAUUGUAAUUCACGCAGAGCGUCACUAACAUCCAUCCACUUCAAACAAGGACAGCAAACACAAAUGCAGUUAAAACCAUAUUAAUAUCGAACAGGUCGCAGGCCGAGUUAUAGAAGACAUUCAUCCGAUCGUUUUAGAGUCCAAUUUGUGGCCCCCUCCCCACUGGCGUUUAGCAAUGCCAGGGAAAGGGAAAGAGAUCUAUAUAUACAUAUAUUGAAUUAAGCUUUAUUAUUACUUCUUUCGCAUAUCCGCAUCUCCUGCAAGCAAAACCGUGCAAAACAAAAACCGUAGAGAUUGUGUAAAUAUAGUCAGAAUAUUAUAAUAUUACCCAACCCACACGCCGCACGGGUGGUUGAGCUCGGUUAAACAAACGGUUGCAAUCCACUACUACUACUAUUACUACUACUAUUACUGCUACUAUUACUAUCAAUGCGAUAAUGAGUGUGAGGGAUAUAGAGAAGAGUGCUCUUAUAAGUUUGCCAAAUUAUGUGUGAUGUUUGAAUUUAACUUUCUGUUUUUGGCUUCUUCUGGCAAAGUGAUACAUAAAUACAUACACACAAAGAGAGAGAGACACACAUACACACACACACACACACCUUUGCAACGAAAUCAUUUAGCAUUAACGAAGCAUUUCGGCACGAAAUCAACGAUCGCCUCCACUGUGCUUGGGUAUUGAGAGAGGUGUACUACAUUAAGUGCAUAUUUAGUGACUUUUGCUGCCCCUCGCGGAUAUGUAGCAGGCGACCACCUCCCCCCCCCCCCCCCCCAAAUACAAAGAGCGUGUGUGUGUGUAUUAAUCAAAAAAACACAAUACAUAAUGCAUAAGGAGCGAGCGUUUUACAGCAUAUAAACCCAAAAUCGUCCAUGCACAGGACGGAAAGUGAAGCAACAAGCAACAACUCCCCCAAUAUGAAUAAAUUAUUCUAUCGUGAGCUAUUGAAAACCUAUGAAAACAAA